AUGCAGCAAGCAACACAGCUACAGGUGUCCCCCAGCGGGCAGAGCUCCUAUCAGUCCAUCCCCAACUUCCAAGGUAGAGUGGGGACACCGUGUUCACAGCUACAGAUGUCGCCCAGUGGGCAGAGCUCCCAUCAGCCUGAUCCCAGUCUCCAAGACAAACCGGGAACACUGCAUCCACAGCCCCAGCGUGAACCACCUGCCUCCAAGGAGACCCUUCUGGAACAGCCUGACAAGGACAAGAUGGUGGCUCGUCGUAUCCCUCGCCUCCGGGCUGUGGUGGAGAGCCAGGCCUUCAGGAACGUCCUGGUGGAUGAAAUGGACAUGAUGCUGUCCCGCGCAGCCACGCUCAUUCAAGCCAAUUGGAGGGGGCACCGCCUCCGGCAGAAGCUCAUCUCCCAGAUGAUGGCGGCCAAGGCUAUCCAGGAGGCCUGGCGACGCUUCAACACCAGGCGCCUCCUCCGGUCCGGCAAGACGAUGGAGAAAAGAGCGAAGGUGGAGGAGGGGGACAUCCCUUACCACCCGCCCCAGCAGGUGCGGUUCCAGCAUCCCGAAGAGGGCAAGUCCCUGCUGGCCCAGCCCACCAUGGUGAGCAAGGAGACCCAGUUCCCUUCCUCCGACAGCCUGGCCACCUAUACCCACCAGCUGGCCCUGCUGCAGUCUCAGGGCAUGUCACCGCCUGGGACGUGCUCUGUCGGAGGCCCCAGCGUCACCUUCCUGCCACACCAGACAGUCGCCAUCAAACUUCCGUGUCCCGUGAGUCUCGAGGCCAAGUGCCGCCCAUGCCUGAUGACAAGAACCGUCAGAAGCACCUGCCUCGUCCAAGUGGAAGGGGACACAAUGAAGACCAAGCAAAUAACUGCCAGAGCCAACAAGGCGGGAGCCAUGGGGCCACCACCAUCUGGAAGGUGCGCCCAGGCAGUUCAAGGACAAUUCAAGGCCCAAACCCAGGCCCCCAUGGAAGCAGAGGUCCUCAAAAUGCUACCCCAGACAGGCCCAGCGCCUAUGUCCCCAGCGGCCACCAUGAUCAAGACUCCCCUCCAGUCGUGCCUGGCAGCCAUGAUGAACAAGACCCUACCCCAACCAUGCCCAACGCCAGCUGUCACAAUAACCAAGGCCCCACCCCAGGUGUACCCCCCAGCCCCAGUGGCCAAGAUCCCCCCUCAGACGUGCCCGCCAGCCACAGUGAACAAGACCCCACUCCAGUCAUGCCUGGCGGCCGUGAUGAGUAAGAUCCAACCCCAGCCCUGCCCAGGGCCCAUGAUAACCAGCACCAAAACCCCACCCCAGCCCUGCCCAGUGACCCAAGGGACCAAGACCCCAGGCCCCAUGCGACCAACAGCCUCCAUGACCAACACUCCACCCCAGACGAGACCGCCAGCCGCUCUGACGAAGGUCCCACCCCAGCUCUGCCUGCUGGCCUCGAUGAUCAAGUCUCCAACUCAGACACGGCCUGCAGCCACAGCGACCAAAGUCUCGCCCCAGGCGUGUGCAGUGCCCUUGCUGACCAAGAUCCCACCCCAGACGCGCCCAGCAGCCAUGGGGACCAAGGCCCCACUGCAGACGUGUCAGUUGGCCACAGUGACCAAGACCCCAUCUCAUCAGAUGCUCCAAGGAACCUCGGUGGCCAAAACAGCUCCUCCCCAGACGCGCCUGGCAGCCAUGAUCAACAAGACUCCCGCUCAGUUACGCUCAGUGGCCACCAUCCUCAGAACCCUGUGCCUGCCCCCGUCAGCAGCUGGAAACCUCAAGCCUCCGCUUUCAGCAGCGGCGACAGCUGGGAUUUCCGACACCUCAUCCCACACGUGUCUAAGCGGACCAAAGGCCAGGGCCACGGUGAAUGUGAGACAGGCGACAGGUGUUGUCAAGGUCUCGUCCCGCUCCUACUUGACAGAGGGGAAAGUGAAAUGCUUUCCCCCAUCGCAUCUGGGGGCUGUGGCUCCUAAGCCUGCAGCCAGGCCUCCUUUGGAAGGCGAGAAAAUCAAGGCCUUCUCCCAGAAGCAAGUGAAAACGGAAACCAUGUCUGACACCAGUAUGGCCAUGGAAAUGCCCGGGGAUCUGACCUGGGCAAAAGUGGCCAACGACAGGAACAAGCGGGCACAGCUGAGGACGGACGUCUUGAAGGUUCAAUCCCAGCUGUAUGGGCCUGCUAGAACAGCUGGGCUGCCGCUGAGCACAUGUCUGCCUCAAGCGCAGCUGGCCCCUUGUUCAACCACAGGCUUGCCCCAGGCCCAGCUGCUGGCCGAGCUGACUAAGGCCCUGCCCCAGGAGCACAUGUCUGCCAAGCUGACCAAGGCCCAGGACCCAGGACACCCAGCGGCCCAAGCCCCCACAGCCGUGGCCCAGCCACACCUGAAUGAGUGUCUGUCCAAGACGCCGUCCCAGGCCCACCUGCCCGCCAAGCUGGUGAAGGCGCAGUCCCAGGAACAGCUGACCACAGCAGUGAUCAAGGUACAGUCCCAAGGGCAUCUCCCCACGGGAUUGACGAAGACACAGUCCCAGGCCCAGCUGGUCACAGACACAGCUAAGAGCCUCUACGUGGCCCACCAGGCUGCUGAACUCAGCAGCAAGACACAGUCGCAGCCACUCCUGGCGGGCUUCAAGUCUUCCACCCAGCCCUGCCAGCACAUCGGCACUCUGCCCCGAGCCAAGCCAGAAGACAGACUGACCCAGCUCCCAUCCCACAGCUAUGUGCAAGGCAAGGCCACCCUGGGCCUGCGCCAGGGGGCCUCUGAGACCCAGAACAUGCUGGUGCCUCUGCUGGCCCCUGCUGGCCACACCACGUGCAACGCUGAACCCUGGGGGGACAGUGGGGCUGCCCGGGCCCAGCCGUCAACCACCGGCGCACCCCCACCCAGCCAGGAGGAGCUAGCGGCCUCCCAACUCGCCUCCCUGUGUGCUGAUCUGGCUGCCGUGCUGGGCUCCCAGGAGGACCUCCGCGCCCUGCUGGCCAAAGCCCUCUCCCAGGGGGAAGUGAGGGCGGCCCUGAACCAGGCUCUGUCCAAAGAAGUCUUGGGAGCCACGAUGGCCAAGGCCUUGCCCCAGGGCAUCCUGGGCACGGUACUGGUGAAGGCGCUCUCCUGGGGCGAGCUGGGCACCAGCCUAUCCCGCGCACUGUCCCAGGGUGAGCUCACUAAGGCCAUUCAGAGCAGACUGGCGGAUGUGCUUAGCAAGGCCCUGACGGAGGAGGAGCGCGCCACCUUGAGCCAGGCCCUGUGUCAGGGUGAGCUGGGUGCAGUCCUCAGCCAAUCUCUCUCUCAGGCAGCCCUGAGGUCUGGAGUCGGCCUCCCCAAGGCUGCCUCAAAAACGGUGGGAAGCGGGAUGACUGUGAUGCCGGCCCCGGUGGAGGUGGACUGCAGGGGGAGCCUGUCGGCCGCGUGGGGGCCCACCUUGGGCCCCAUGAGACUACAGCCCAGCAAGGGCCCGGAGGACACUGCCAUGUCUGGUGGCCAAGCGUGGAACUCUACCAUCCCCAGCGUAGCGGUUGGGCCCAGGGGCAGCACCGUGGCCCCUGGCGGUGCUUGGGAGCCAGCCAGGGGCACUGUGCCGUGGGACGUCGUGGGCAGUAAGGCAGCGGUGGACCCCAGACAGCCGAGGGAGCUGGUGGCGUCGGUGCAGGCUGUAGAGAAGAUAAUCAUCCAUGCGGUGGUCAUUAUCCAGGCAUGUGCACGUGGCUUCCUGGUGCGCCGUACCAUCAAGGUGUGGCACCAGUGGGCCAUCAUCAUCCAGGCUGCCUGGCGUGGCUACUGUGUGCGGCGGGACCUGGCCCGCCUCUGCCGAGCUGCCACCAUCAUCCAGGCUGCGUGGCGAGGCUUCGUCAUUCGCCAGAGCCGCACCCAGCACAUGCUGCUCCAGAAUGUGUGGGCUGAGACCGGCAGUGGGGCCAGGACGACGUCUGACCACCGCUGCUUCCAGUCCUGCCAGCCACACGUCUGUGCUCUUUGCCAGUCAGUGACCUCCGGACUAGGAAGCCCACCCAGCGUGGUGAUGCUCGUGGGUUCCAGCCCCCGCACAUGCCACACGUGCGGCCACACGCUGCCCACCCGGGUGGUGCAUGGCACGGGCCGGGGUGCUGCCAGCCAGGCCGGCGUGCCAUGGGGCUGCCUGACCCAGUCAACCGCCCGGAGCCUUCAGCGACCCCAUCAGACCAAGGCGGCCACAGCCAUCCAGUCUGCCUGGAGGGGCUUCGUUGUGCGACGUCGGCUGAAGCAGCAACAGGAAGCAGCCAAGAUGCUUCAGGCCACCUGGCGCGGCCACAGCGCCCGGGCCUCCCUGACCACAGACGCGCUCUUGGGGCCAGCGGCGUGGGACAACUCGCGGCACACGCAGUGGCCCGGCGUCUAG